AGUGUCAAAAAAAGGACUGGAAAAUACAUAAAAAAUAUUGUGAAAAUUUGUCGACUGUCAAAACAAUUGAAGUCACUAAAGUCACUAAUGACGCAAAAGCAGAAGAGGAUCCAAUCUGGCUUACUAAUGACGCAAAAGCAGAAGAGGAUCCAAUCUGGCUUAAAAUAGCAAUAAUCGGUGAUAGCGAUGUUGGAAAGACAACACUUGCUCGUCGUGCUUUUUAUACUUCCAGCAUGUAUUAUCAACAGUUUUAUUUCCCGUUGGCACCUUUUGAUUGGUAUCCAGCUGGCCUCCAUUACUUUGUUUAUUCAAUAUAUGAUGCGAUUGGUUAUUUUGAAUUAGGAGAACUUGAUCGUGAGAUCGAAUAUAGAGAUACUGGCGCAAUUAUUCUAUGCUUUGCGUUAGAUGAUCCACAAACAUUAACUAAUAUCGAGACAAUUUGGAUUCCUGAUAUUAGAAAAAACUUUCCGUAUAAGAUGCCGCCUUUAUACAAAUGGAUUAAAAAAUUCAAGUUUAUAUAA